GCUCAACCCGUCAAAAUAAUCUACGCUUACGGAACAACCGAUGACAUCAAAUACCAUGGAGCCCGCAGGGGCACCAAAGAAGUAAAUCUGCUCAACUACAUGCCAAGAUACACCCAACCCAACAGCAAAUACAUCAGUGCCAAAGUGGACAAUGUCACUCUCCCUGCUUAUGAUACUUACUAUCACUGCAAGAUUAUGAAGUUUCCUGAAAUGAAAACGAAACAUCACAUUUAUCAGAUUGAGCCAGAGAUUGACCACUUGGAUGUCGUUCAUCAUAUGGUGCUGUAUCGCUGCCCGGCCUUCAUAACAGAACCUUCUGAGAAGCCGUGCUACACAGACGCCAUGGGGAAAGCCUGCUUUGCAGUAAUGGCCUCAUGGGGAGUUGGAGGAGGGGUAUAUGACCUUCCUGAAAAUGCUGGUAUUCCCAUCGGAGGAGUGCACAGUGAUACGUUCUAUAGGCUGGAGAUCCAUUACAACAACCCUCAAAAGAAAAGAGACAUUACAGACAGCUCAGGACUAAGACUUUACUACACAGACAAACUCCGGCAGCAUGAUGCGGGCAUUUUAACCACAGGUGUGCUGCCAAUGGCUGGAAUGAAGUACAAUAUCCCUCCAAAAGCUGCUCAGUUUCACACCUACAGCAUUUGUAAUACCUCCCACUUUGAGCAGCUUAUGAACCCUGUGCCGGACAUUCAAGUGUAUGCUGUGCUCUUGCACACUCACUUGGCUGGAAGGAAAGUACGGGUUGGCCACUUCAGAAAUGGAAAGCAGAUAGACUUCUUGGGUGUGGAUGAAAACUACAACUUUGAUAUUCAACAAAUUGUGAAUUUAGGGGGCAUCAAGACAAUAAAAAAGGGUGAUGAGAUCUCAGUGGAGUGCACUUACAGUACCACAGAUCGCUCUGAAGCCACUAAGAUGGGUUUAGGCACCACUGAUGAGAUGUGCUUGGCCUUCCUGUUCUACUACCCUGCCAUCAGCAUCAGCUCCUGCAUUAGCCAUCCUUCUACAAAUCUUUUAGUGAACACAAGUGGCCAAGUAUCAGUGGAAACUGCAGGAAAUAAGUAUGAGACCACGUUGAAGACUCUGCAGCAAACUGAGGUUAUCUCUGAUGACAAAAAUAAUGUUAAAGUUUACAGAAACUCUUUCAUCCGGGACAUGAUGAAGACACCCACAGUUGAUUGUCGAAUGCAAAAUGCAGCAUGCAGUAUCAGUAAUUCCUGGAGGAUGAGCACAGGAGGAAUCGUACUUUUGCUGCUCUGGAUUGCCACAGAGUAA